AUGACACUAGCAGCUCACUCCGAGAAUCAGCAUUUGCUCCCGCUUUUCUCGCUCGGCGUUGACGUGUGGUACAUUGUGCUUGACCUCCUUCGCGAGGAAGUCGACCCGGAUGAUUACGAGGACGAUGAAGAGGAAGAAGACCCUGAUAGCGCCUGGAAACCCAAAAAUGUAGCCCGGAGACAGCCUUACCUUCCCGACCUCAUCAGCCUGAGUAGUACGUGCACAUGGUUUCGGGUUGUGCUUGCUCCCAUCAUAUUUGCCAACCUUGAAUUAAACAAUACGGCCAAAAGCGCCCGGUCAAUCACUGCGAUCGGCAAGGGGAGGCAUGCUGCGUGCGUCAAGACGCUGCGGUACAUUGGGAUCUGUGAGACGGAUCAACAAACCUCGCCCUUGGAGGAGGUGUACCCUCCAGAGGUUGAUCAAGUUCUGUCCAAUCUACACAUGUUCGGCAGUCUUGACAAACUCACGAUUGAAUUUCCCUUUGACUACGAGUCUGACCUGUUGUUCGAGUACCUUCAAAGUGAUAUCUUUUACCCGGAAAAUGCCCCAUUAGAGGAGAGCGAAAAUACCUGGCGAGGGUUUAUGGCAGCAACCUUUCGUGCAAUCGUAUCCAAUUACAGCCACGCCUCGUCUAAUCGUCGACUACCUUUAAACAUCGAAUUCCGCGAUCUGAACAUCUUCAUGGUGUCAGUUUACGCAACCGAACCAUUCCAGUCUUUCCUGUCACAACUGAAGAGUUUCGAUCUCUCGCUAAGACGUUGGGAUAACGGCGUUGGCUGGACCAUGAUUACCCAACGUAUCUUCCGCGAAUUUACCCACUACCUAGGCCCUUUUUUCUUCGACCACCUCGCCACUGUGGAAGAAUUCUCUUUCGAUCCUCGAGAAACAGGAACACUCGGGAACGGAGGGCAACCGUAUUGCGAGGACAUAGGUUUACGAAACACUACAUUGCCCAGACUUCGGAAGCUCACACUGAACAACAUUAUCAUCUGUCUCGAGCUACGCGACUUUCUUGUUCGACACAAGGCCACCCUGGAGUCUAUCACAUUGCAAGACUGUUUCGCAUGUGACGAACAGGCAUGGGUGUACGGAGAACAGAUUGAUUGGCGAGAGCUAUUUACUACUCUUGCACAAGAGUCUUUUCCUCGGCUUACAGAGUUUGAAGCCGUUUGGAGUGAUAGUACACUGCAAUUGCUUGGCGUUGAUGAUACAUGGGCUGAUCAUAGGGUGGUUCAGCGGGUACGCGAGAAGCUUGAUAGAGAGCCCGACGCAAAAGUAUUUGCGUACUGUGAAGUAGAUGACAAGUAUGGCGUGAGAUAUUGUGACGGCAUAGUCAACCAAGCUGCCUUUCUAAACGGAGCAGACAACUUGGGUUAUCUGGAUCUUAUGGCCAUCGUUCACCGGAAUAGUGAGCAGGGCAGCUUGGUGGUCACCGAUUGA